CCUUUAAAAUCCCCUCACCCUCACUCUCACUCUUCAAGUUACGAUUUACCCUUCUCUAUUUGCUCAACCCAAAACUUCAAAACUUCCUCUACAUCAACAAAAGUCUCUUCCUUUUUUUGUGUGUGCGUGUUUUCCAGUGUUUAAAUCAGAUGGCUUUGGAAGCUCUUAACUCUCCAACAGCUGCCACAGCUCCUUUUCACUUUGAAGAUAGCAGCUUGCACGGCCUGGAGUCAUUUACUAAGCGUAAGCGCUCAAAGCGACCACGAUUCGAACAUGUUCCCACCGAGGAAGAAUAUCUGGCUCUCUGUCUUAUCAUGCUAGCACGCGGUGGCGGAGCCACCUCCAAUUCCACAAUCCCAUAUCGCCACCGCUCGCCUACUCCAACUCCCGCGCCACGGCCAGCACAAGCACAAGCACCAGCACCGACCUCAACAGAGCAAAAACUUAGCUACAAGUGCAGCGUUUGCAACAAGGCCUUUAACUCUUACCAGGCUUUAGGUGGCCACAAAGCCAGCCACCGUAAGCUUUCAGGCGGUAACGAUGACCAGUCAACAUCAACAACCACCUCUGCGACCGCCGGUAGAGUCACUUCAGCCGCAUCGAAUCCAAGCGGUAGGUCCCACGAGUGUUCCAUCUGCCACAAAAGCUUCCCCACAGGCCAGGCCUUGGGAGGCCACAAGCGAUGCCACUAUGAAGGUAGAGCUGGGAAUAGCGCUAGCGGCGUGACCACAUCUGAAGGAGUGGGCUCUACCAUCACCAUGAGCCACAUCAACCACCAGGACUUUGACCUUAACCUGCCGGCUUUGCCAGAAUUCUCACCAGCUUUCUUUGUUUCCGGCGGUGAUGAUGAAGUGGAAAGCCCACACCCUUCUAAGAAGCCACGUUUCUGGAUGUCACCGAAAAUUGAAGUCAACUAAACAAUGAGAACCCUUUUUUUUAAUAUUUGUAGGAAUUAAAUUUUAGGCCGGAUUCGAAUGUAUUCUUCUUUUUUUCUUUUCUUUUGGUUUGGUGAGACGAAUUCUUUUUUCUGUACAUACCACUUAAACAAUUGAUAUUCAGUCUCAAUUGCUGCUGUUCUUUUUAAUUAAUCGAUUCAAUUAUUUUAA